AUGGGUACCCCACUAGAAUUAGGAUUUUUAUCUUUUAGUGUUGCAUUUACGUCCAUAUCAUUCAUAUUUUUAUUAUAUCAAUGUAUAAUAAAUUUUACAAAAUUACGACUUGCGUGUUUAUUAUCCACAUUUACAAUAAUUAUAAUUAGUAUAAGUAAUUUUUACUGGGAUCAGGAUCCAACAAAAUUAUUUAUACCAAGAAGUGUUUAUUGGAUAUUAUUUGCAUUUAUUAGAGCAACUUAUACGACUAUAAUAGUCGUAUGUAUGUUAGAUAUGGGUAGAAAAUUUUAUGAAAAAUAUCGUUGGAAUACUACACUUUUUAAAGCUACUGUAUUACAUUUAAUUAUUUUUGACUGUAUAAAUAUUGCUGAUGCCGUUUUAAUUCUCAUUCAUCUGAGUGAUACAUCUAAUUUACCUUUAUUUAUCGGUCAGUUGAUUGUAGGAGUUAUAACAAUACUAUCAUCAUUCCUCUAUUCUUUCUUACCGGUUAUAUCAUUACGUAUAUGUUUUAAUAACAGACAACAAUCAUCUAUUAUUAAAAGAAAAAGAAUGAAUAAUAUAAGCGCUCAAUCAGCUGCUGUAGGUGCUUGGUAUAUGAGCAUAACUGGUAUAUUAUCAAUUUGUUAUUUAAUACUUUAUUUGGUCACUUUUGCUUUUACGGAUAAAUUAAGUUAUAGUGCAAUUGGUAACUCUUUUGAUUCAUUAAUAAGAACUGGUAUUUCUUUAGCUGUAGCUUUACCCCCUCCUACUAAAUUAAUUCAAUUUAUGAAAUCAAAAAUUAUUAUAUCUUAUGAUGUUCCUCAUGAUUCUAAUGAUAUUAGAGAAAGUUGCAAAGUUUUAAAAGUUGAUGAUCAAGAAUUUGAAGAAUCUGCUUAA